AUGUCGCAAAACUUACAGCGUCAUCUAUUAUUCAAAGGGUCAAAGAAUUCAGGAACUCGUGGGUCCUCAUGGGAUCCCCGAAGCGAAACGUCAACCGCAUUCGUGCUCCUGAUACACUUAUCUCUCCACACGGUUGAUGAAGGCUUCGCUAUAAAUCCGAGUUGUUCGUGCAUCCGCUUCAGUUCUGGCGGAAGAGGUGGUGUCGAGCAUGGCACCUUCAGCAGUCCGGACUACCCGAGACCUUACCCAAGAGCUCUGUGCCUCCUCUACACCUUCCUCGCGAAGCCCCAUCAGAUUGUCGAACUUGUUUUCACUGAUUUUGACAUUUACAAGGAACAUCUUGACUGCACUAGAGGAGACUACCUAAAAGUAUAUUCCGAAGUUGGCGCACAUGGUCCCGGACCCCCCGGGGUCAAUGAGUACUCUAAAUGGUCAAGAGUUCUAUGCGGUAAUAGAAAUGAUGCUCCACCAGCCUUAUACUCCCACGACUCUGCUCUAGUGUUAGAACUAAACAGCGGCGAUAAAGAGUCCAAUUCUACCGGAUUUAUUGGGACUUACAAAUUCAUAGACAGACGUAACUUUGAAACAAACGGAGUUUUAGUUCCAGACUCGGAUUGUGAUUAUGUUUUCAAUACACAUUCAAAUAAGCCUAGCCAUGGUAGAUUUUACAGUCCUCGGUACCCGUCGAGUUAUCCAAGUAAUACGCAAUGUUACUAUCAUUUUCAUGCAAGGAAGAACGAAAGAGUAAAGAUAGUUUUCGAGGAAUCAUUUUUACAGAAAAGCGAUGAAAGUUGCCUCAACCGCGCAGAUACAAUUAAAGUUUUUGAUGGGAAAGUUUCGAGUGCACCGGUCAUUGCGAUGCUUUGCAAUGAGAUUGUAGGUUAUGAAAUUUUAUCGACGGGCCCAGACUUAUUGGUGGAAUUUAUAGCCAGGUCCAAGACGCCUGGUCAGGGAUUCAAGGCGAGAUACCAGUUCUUACCGGACGAUAACUCUAUUGAAGAUGUUGAAAAAACAUCUGAAGGAACAUCGGUGGGUCCAGCUGUUAGUGCAGCUACAUCAUCGUGCCAUCAAGUAUUCAGAUCGGAUAAGAGUACUAGCGGCAAAUUGAUCUCUCCUUUAUACCCAGCGCCGUAUCCGCCAAAGACGCACUGUCAUUAUGAUUUUUUGGCGCGCGGCAGACAGAGGGUUAGAUUGGUGUUCGAAGACUUCAGCCUGCAAAGGGUCACUGGGAACAUUAUUGACUGCGAAAGCAUGGAUUCGCUGGACGUGUUUCUGGACGUGGACGGGAGAUUAGAGAAAAUGGCGUCGUUCUGCGGCGAAGAUGUACCUAACGCUAUAAUGUCCAACGGGCCCAAGUUAGUCGUGGAAUUCCGAGGAGUUUACUCGUCACGCUACAGCAGGGGGUUUAAGAUAUCCUACAACUUCGUUGAAGAUUACGGUAUCGCGACCGGGAAGCAACUAUUGGAGUUUCCGUGUGCCUUCGUAUAUAACAGCAGUAGUCGCGCCAGGGGCGUCGUGACGUCACCGAACCAUCCAGGGCUGUACCCGCGGGAUACUGAGUGCAAUUACUUCUUCCACGGCAGUAAGGAUCAGAGGGUCCACUUGCAUUUUACGCAUUUCGACGUAGAGGGCGUCCAUCCAUGUGAAGCAGUCUCAGCGAGCGACUACGUCCAGAUCUCCAAUGUCGUCAAUUCCCGCGGUACCAGGCACUGUGGACAAUUAAAGGAGUUAAAGGUGGCUUCGAAGAAGAACUUCAUGCGGAUAACCUUUAGGUCUAACGACCGGCUGGACGGCACAGGAUUCAAAGCGAAUUAUAUUUUUCUUAAAGAUAAUGAAAUGGUUAGCGUGAAUAAGCCUGUGAUCGGUGGAUGUGGUUAG